AUGGUCGCCUUCCGCGCGCCUGCUGCCCUCCUCUCCUUCGCUCUCUUCGCAUGGAGUCUCGUCGGCGCGGCCACCCUCGAGGAGCUCCAGGCAGAUGCUGGCUCUCGCAGCCAUAGGACUGUGGUGCCAAACAGGUACAUCGUUGAGUUCGACAGCAGUGCCCACUAUUCGUCCGCGGGCUUGAAAAGGGCAGCUACUCCUCACGAGUACAUCUACAGCCAACUCGACGCUCGUUCUACUUCCUACACAGUUCACGCAGAGUACUCAUGUCAGCUCUUCUUUGGCGCUUCUCUCUCCCUUACUUCCGAAGCCGAUCUUCAAGUGCUACUCAACAUCACCGGUGUCAUCGACUUCCGUUCCGUCCACUCUCUCUCUCUCCCUGCCGACGCCAUCCACGCCGAAAACAUUGGCUGGACCGCCCAAACUACUUUUAGCUCUUCCGAACUCAUUUCCGAGGGCGACGAGUCCACCAGCACCUCCUCUUCUUCCAAUGCGUCUACCCCCACCGCCUCCGUCAAUUCUACCGCCGCUACCUCAGCCCCCUUCUCCAAUCUGCCUCAGAUCGGUGCCGAUAAGGUGCAUGCUACCGGCAACAAGGGCAAGGGAAUCAAGAUCGGUGUGGUAGACGGCGGUGUUGAUUACACUCGGGAACCACUUGGUGGAUGCUUCGGGUCCGGGUGCAAAAUCGCUGGUGGUUACGACUUUGUCGGAGACAACUACAAUGGCUCCAACACCCCUGUCGAGGACAGCGACCCUUACGACAACUGCUACUCACACGGCACAGUCGUCUCUGGUAUCAUUGGGGCCAACGAAAAUGAGUACGGCGUGGGUGUUGCUCCCGAGGCAGAGAUCUAUGUGUACAGGACCUUUAGCUGUGAUGGAAGUACCUCCGAUGACAUUGUCAUGUCUGGCCUGCAGAGGGCUUAUGACGAGAACAUGGAUAUCAUCAAUCUCUCCAUUGGUGAGGCCUCUGGAUGGACUGAGAGUAUGCUCAGCGUCUUCGUCUCCCGUCUCGUCAACAACGGCACCAUCGUCACCUCUUCCGCGGGAAACCAAGGCCAGAUCGGCGCCUUUUACUCUUACAGUCCUGCUGCCGGAGAAGGAGUCAUCAACGUCGGUUCUAGCGACAACUCCAUCUAUCCUGCCCAUUAUGCCACAGUAUCCACUGGCUAUGGCCCCAUCCCCUAUUACAAUUACAAGGCCUACACCGACGGGACCUUACAGCUGUAUACCAUUGACUCUGAUGAGUACGGGUGCACCCUGCCUGAUGAUGUGCCCGACUUGUCGCCUUAUCUCGUCAUCGUCCGACGCGGAGGUUGCUCGCUUUCCGCUAAAGCACAGGCCAUCUACAAUGCUGGUGGAACCGCUUUAUUCGUCGUAAAUGACGGUACCAGCCUUCCCAUCUACCAGAAUUUCCCUCUUAUCAACUUUGCCAUCAUCAGCCUUGAGGAUGGCAAUUAUCUCCUUGACCAGAUCAACGCUUCCACCAACGCUACUGUUAGCUUCUCUUUCAACCCCGUUGCUCUUCCCAACGUCUGGACAAACAACACCGCCUCGUACUUUUCCGAGAUCGGUCCUACCAACGACCUUUACCUUGCUCCCGAUGUGCUUGCACCGGGAUCCAACAUCGUCUGUGUUACGCCUACGGCCCUGUACAACUGGACCAUUGGUGAUGGCACAUCUUGGUCGUCUGCCUUCGCUGCUGGUGCUGCUGCCCUGUACCUUGCGGACAAGGGUACGAAUAACAUUACCCCAGCGGACGUCAAGGGUGCUUUCGAGAUCUCUGCCGACCAGCUCUCUUACUCUAUGACUGACUCUUCCCUUGCGAGCGUGGCUUGGCAGGGCGCCGGUCGAUUGAGGGUUGACGCCGCCAUCGACGCUACUGCAGUCAUCACUCCUUCGGAGAUCUUGCUGAAUGACACUGCCAACUUCCAGAGGCAGCACGUGUUGACUGUCAAAAAUCCUAGCAGUAGCUGGGUCACCUUCAGAUUUGAUCAUGAGGCUGCGGGAACGAUGCUGGCUUUCCAAAGCGGCCUGAAUCAAUCCGCCGACGAGCCCGUCCCCCAAGUCAACACCUCUGCCUCGGUCAAAAUAUUCCCCUCCACUCUCACCCUCUGGCCCGGCCAGUCCCUUGUCACCACCCUCACAUUCGCUGCUCCGUCUGGCCUCGACGCUGCCCAAUUCCCCGUCUACUCUGGCUUUAUCAAAGUGACGGGUGGAGCUACCACCGUUCGUGUCCCCUACCUCGGUGUUGCGGCCAACAUGAAGGAUAUGCCGGUCCUUGACCCUACAAGCUAUUACCUCGGUAUCAACACGCCGGUUAUCAUGAAUCCCAGCUUUAGUGUACAAGACGGCACCAAAGCCUACUCUUUCAACAGCACCGAUUAUCCCUCGGUGUUGUAUCGACUUGCUGGAGGUACUCCUUACAUCUCCAUUGACUUGAUUGACUCCAACUCGACCCUCUCUUUCACCCCCGACUACACCACCAAGAAAAGGUCUGGCCAAUUCGAGCACCCUGCUGAACCCCGCCGACUGCAGUCGUCCGGGGGCGCUUACCCCCUCACCAAGACUUCGUCGCUUCUUUCCCUUUGGUGCAAACUCACAAAUUUUCAAGGGUCCGGCUGUAGCUCUACGGACAAUACCUUUGGUUCAGUGGAUAUUUUGGGCAACUUGUACUCCGACGAAUGGGUACCUAGAAGUACGGACAAUGUAGACUCUGAAGGUGGAGACUACUCUACUUUUGAGUUGAGCUCUGCGGCAUUUGCAAAUGGGACAGCUAUUCCAGGUGGGACCUAUCGAUUCCUUUUGCGGGCUCUUCACAUCUUUGGCGACUCGACAGAAGAGUCGGACUACGAGUCUUGGGUUUCCCAACCUUUCAUUGUCCCCCAGUGA